CGAGGGGGCGGCGGCGGCGCCGCGGGAGGGAGGGAGCCGGGAACGGGCUGCCCUUCCCGGAGCCGGGAGGAAACGCCUGAGGCGCUGCUCAGCGCGGCUGCCGCCCGCCGAGGGCGAGGCGCGGGGCCGCCGCGCAGAAUCACAGCAGUAUUGGACUGGAUGGGACUUCAUCUAAGCCAGCCUUUUGCGCUGAAGCAGAACCACCUUACCUAAGGGUGUUUGUUGGAACUGUUCUAAAGCUGUCUACUGAAAGAGAUUUCGUCUCCUGCUGUGGUUUUGUGCAGGAAAAGGUGAAUGCAUGAUGAAUCACUUCGUGUUUCUGGCAGUACUUUUCCUCUUGAGGAAUGCAUCAUACUCGCAUCAAGAACCCCUUGUGUUUCCAAUUAUGUACCUCAGUGUUUCCGAAGAUUUAACUCUUCAACGUCUGCUGGUGGAAUGGGAUGUUGGCAAGUCAGCUCAUGAUGCUGAACUGUCAAUGUCUUUUGAAAUACAAGUCAAUCGAACAGAAGAAAAUAUGAUUGUGUGGACAGAGUUUCAUAAUGUCACACUUGACAAAUCAGGAAAGCCUCUUCAUUGGAGCUGGGAUUCAGAUUUGCCUUUGGAGUGUAUGUCACACUCGGUGAGGAUCAGGAGUAAAGCGGAAACAUCAAAAAUCUGGAGUCAGUGGAGUCUGUGGGAGACAGUCCUGGGCCUGGACACUUCAAAUAGCAGUGGACCACAAAUCUUUCCAGAUGAAAAGGUUGUAGAGGAAGGCUUUGACAUCAGUCUUUGCUGCAUUGGAAGGAAAGGUCUAAUCAUUAAGAAAUUCUUUUUAUAUCCAGCUGUUCAUAAUUACAGUCGCACAAACACUCAGAUUGGACUGCUCAGUGUUAAAAAUGUGUCACAUCAAGAAGUGCCUCACAUUACAGUGUACUGUCAAGAGUCUUGCGAAGAAGACGAAUGUUACAAUCAAGCAGUUUUCUUUGUUGGUAAACCACCUGAUAUACCUACUGACUUUUCCUGCCAGACUCAAGACAUGAAAACGAUAAUAUGUACUUGGAGCCAAGGAGGAGACACCUAUCUCUAUGGAAAUCAUUCAACAAGAUACACUUUGUUCGAAGAGUUUUCCCAAAACUUGGUUCCGUGCACAGUAAGUUGUUCUGAGCAGUGCUCAUGUUCUUGGGAUAUAAAGCAGCAGAGGGUCUAUAAUGUCACACUGACUGUUGAAAACCCGCUGGGAAAGAAAACUGUCGUGGAUGUUUUUGAUGUAACUCACAGAAUUUAUCCCUCUGCACCUUUCCAACUGUGGGAAGAAUGUACGGAUAUAGAAAUCACAUUGUAUUGGAAACAUCGAAACAAAGGAAUUGAACUCUUUUGUGAGACAGAAGUGCUCCACCCUGAUGGGAAAGCAGAACUGCACAAUAGUUCAAGCACACAAUUCCAGUAUGCCAGCAUCACUCUGAAUGGACUGCAGCCAUACACUGAAUAUACAGUCAGAGUACGCUGUGGGGUUGCUAAGCACUUCUGGAGGUGGAGUGAGUGGAGCGAAGCCCGAACCAUCAGAACAGAGGAAGCAACUCCAUCAGGGAAACUGGACAUCUGGAGAGAAAUUACACCAGUUUUGGGUGGGCGGAAUGUGACCUUAUUCUGGAAGCCUGCAUCAAGUUUUCGAGCAAAUGGAAGAAGUAUUUCAUAUGAAAUAACCUGGGAAAAAGUAGAAGAGGACUCUAAGCCUGAACACAUCUCCAUUUCAUCAGUCUAUAAUAACACAAGGAUUUCCAUUGAUAACCAUCCUUACAAAAUCAGUAUCAUGGCAAAGAACAAUGUUAAUUAUUCACUUCCUUCAGUCGUGAUCAUCCCUGGAGUCGCAGGUAACAGCACUGAAAAAGAGCUCAGCAUUUCAGAUCUUAAAGAAGACCAGGUUAACAGUACAGAUGAUGGCAUUUUUAUUUCCUGGGAACCUAGAAAUACAUAUGACAGUUAUAUUAUUGACUGGUGUAACUUUCCAAAGUUGCAGCCUUGUGAUCUUCAGUGGAAGAGAUUUGGGCCCAACACUUCCAGUGCUCUGAUCAGCUCAGCUUCGUUUGUGCCAGGGGUGAGAUACAACUUCCACAUCUAUGGAUCUGUUGCUAAUACAGUCUACUUAUUGGAGAAGAAGACUGGUUAUUUCAAGGAGCUCCCCUCCCCGCUUGACCCUACUGUGGAAAAAGUUCAUCUGACUUUCCAUGCAGUGACAGUGUCUUGGGAUUCUUAUCCCACAGAUGAGUCACAGCCUGGCUUUGUGAGAGGUUACCAUGUUUAUGUGUCUCCUUUGCAAGAGGACUGCAAUUUGAAAGAAUCCAAAAAACACAUUCUUUCAGAUGGUUCAGUGCUAUGUAAAUACACAAUUGAAAACCCAGAGGAGAAGAGAUACACUGUGAAACACCUGAUGCCAAACACAAAAUACAAACUAGUGGUAAAAGCAUAUACAGGUGGAGGAGAGACUCCCAUUGCCAACUUUGUUUACAUAGAAACGCCAUUUAACUCAAACGUGCUAUACCUUCUAGUCCUGCUUGUGAUAGUUCCCUUGCUAGUGGCAGCUCUAUGCCACUGGAAGAUGAAGUGGGUGAAAGAAUGCUGCUGUCCUGUAAUACCUAGUCCUAACAAGAGCAAAGUGCUUUCACUUAAAGAGCUUACGAUUGGUUCUGAGAAAGUACUGAAAAUAAAUGACUGCAUGCCUGAUGCUCUAGCAGUGGAGAGUACGUCUGAAGCCCAGAAAUUACAUUUGUGGAGCCAAAUGUCUUCUACUCCAACAGAAGAUAAGAUUGAUUCUUCCUGGACUUACCCUAAACAAAAUGAAGAGAGAGACUUUACAUCCACACCUAAACCUCUGACUCAUAUGUGGUUUGAAAACUUUGUGUAUUCAUCUCACAUUGCAGUUGAAUCUGACCCCUAUCAAAACCUAGAGGAGAUGCUAAAAACAAGCAAGCCACAACUGUCAGCAAUGUUGUACCAGCCGCAGUAUUACUUUGAUAUUUUGAAUGAGAGUGUUGUCUCAUCACCCGGGGAAACAGCUGGCAGAAAGACCAGCUUUAGAUAUAUUUCACAAACAGAUGUGCACUGUUUGGGGAGGAGGCUUUGAUGUACCCUGUACCACUGAGUCCAUGCAGUGUUUGAGUUACAAAAAUACCGACAAGAGUUUCUGAAUCAGCGAUCAACUUCUCUUUUUGAUGAAGAUGUUCAUAAGCCCUACUUCUGUUAAUGCUGCAAAGCUGUUGCUUCAGGAGUAAUUUAAAAAUACUGACUUUUACACCAGAAUGAUGUAUGCUACGGUUUUGAUCACAAGUUAUGGGCACGAUGCAAGUUUUACAGGCCAGUAUGUUGUUGUCUGUAUUAUGUAGAUCAUAGCAGUUCUUUAUAAGCUGACAUAAAGCAUUACCCUGCUUUGUAGAGGUUGAAAACUCAUUUAGAAAUCAGACAGGCAAGUUUAUCGGAUAGGUUGUCAUGUGCAGGGAAUGUAUUUCACUUACUUACAGUACUCCUCUGUGUGAAGUUAGUACUGCUCCGGACGCCCCAGCCAGUGUGAAAACGUGCACAGGACACUGCGUGGCAUUAGUGCGUGUCUUGGAGUGGUUAUCAGAAGGUCAGGUGGGAGCUGUGCUUUCCCCUGGAGAAUCAGCAUGGAGGGGUCACCUGCAAUAUGGGCAUCACUUCAGGAUUAGAAGCAACUUUGCACCUUUUUUAAUACGUUACCCUGCAGAGACAGCGUUCUUGCUCUUACUGCCAUGUGCACCAACAGCCGAGGCCCUCCUUACUUCUUCCUCACUUGUGUAUUACUGACUUGUGACCGCAGUGAACCAAAGCCACCACGUCAAAGCAGAGCACUUCUUAGACUCAGCGGGUGAAGGCGCACAGACGACCGACUUCUUUAAGAAACAGCUCCCUGUUACUGGGCAGCCACUGCCAUUUCUGGUAAUUGGAGAUCUGCUUGGCCUUUUAAAGGAUCAUUCUUCCAGGUCAAAUCCUCUUGAAUUUAUUAAGCAAAAAGAAAUGUGGGGAAUUGUUAAGAGCAACUGUUUCUUCCAGUAGUGCAGCUGUUUGUGGAGGUGUUACCGUAGCACUGCAGCUCCUCUUGUGUAACAUGAACUGUUUUAGUUAAGGUCUCCUAAUUACAGUUUCUACUUAAAAAUCUAAGCAACUGCAGACAAAAAUGAGUUGACCAUCAUCUGGAUUUUAUACAGUUGCUUAUCAGUAUUGUCAUAGUGUAUACAAGCUGUACUGCUGCAGGGAAAUCAACAGGAAUUUAUACAGACUUUGGAUAAUAAAAGGAGUGAUUUUAAGUAAGUGGAGCAAGAAAGACUCAGGCAUGUGAAAGUGAAGUAAGCAAAUACACAGAUUGGUGGAUUUGGGUUUAGUGUUGUCUGGUAAAGGACACUGCAUAAGUAAGUUGCUCACUUCUUUGAGCUGUAGAGAAAAUGAAGUCCCUUCAGCCCUUUCGACAGUGGAGUAAAUGAACAUGUUUGGUGCCAUUUUGAGAGAAAACAGCAAUGCAACUAUUGUGAUUUGAUGGAGAUAUCCUAGAGAAACUUUUAUUCCUCCCUUAAUGUUAAUUUCCUUCAAGUUACAGUGAAUUUGAACAUUUUCUUUUUGAUUCCUGAUCACAGGAUCUUUAAAAGGCUUAGUGCUAGAGAAAUGCUACUAGGAGUAUCGUCACUCUGAUGAAAUGCUUUGGAGAAGUUAAUUUCUAAGUUUUACAGUGAGCCGUUUUGCUGUUACUGAAACGACGCUUCCUAGCUGUUCAUUUUAAAAGGCAUGUUCAGCUGGAGAGGUUUGAAAGGCGUAAGGAACUGUGAUACAGACCUCAGUGAAAAACCAGCCGAUGCCGUGGAACACAGUUGAAAUCCCAGCGCAGUCCAGUUCUUAGGGCCAGAGCAGCUGGCUGCGACGAAGCGGGAUUUCCUACUCCUAAGCUGCAAGCGCCAGGGCUCGGCUGCCGUAGCUGAGCGCUGGGCGCGACAGGGAGGGCGAGCUGCCUGCUGGUGCCUCCUCGGCGUUCAGCCAGACCCUGCACCCUGCCGCCAGGCCUCGGCUCGGCUCCUUCGGCUCCUCUCCCAGGCACGGGCAGAUCCUCACCUUCGGGAAGCAGGGAAGCAUUUUGGCAGGUACCGUCGCAGCCAGGCAAAGCAGAGAGCCUGCUUGGCAGCAGGAAGGGAAGUUGGCUCCUCUUCGUUGCUGUGCUUAAAAGCACGCAGGAAAAGAGACAGUUCCGCGGACCACGCUGCCUUCCUGUAAGCCCAAGGUUCAGUCAGGGCUGUAACCAGAGCUGAAGAGAUCCAGGAAAGGAUCCUGGACAGAGGGUGGGGGUGCAUUGCCACAUGGAACUUUUUUUUUCCAACAUGUGUCUUGCAUUAAUUAUGGUUGAAUCUGAGUUCAAAACUGAAAUCUUCAUUUGAUUUUCAAAAUGGAAUGUGGGUUUAUUUUUAUCAUUUUUGUUUAUAGUUCAUCUUUCACAUCUACUUUUGAAAUGCCAAUACUAAACGUGUAAACAUCACAUAAUGGAAAGUGAUUAAUCUUCAGUAUCAGUACACUAAGAUCUUUAAAUAAAAAUGGUGCACAAACUA